AUGUCCAGCAAGUGCAUGUUUUUUUCACCCCUGCCCCUCAAACAGUUGAGAUCACCACAGUUCAAGACACAGUCUGUGAGUCUCCUUGCAGAGAAAGCAGGAACAUGUAGUGGUGUUAAACAUGUUUUGUUGCACGAGGCACAAGCUGCAUUGUUCAGCUGUGUAAGGUUUGCUGAGGGGCUACAAAUGGCUACAUUUGAGAACAGGAAACUGGACUUUGGAGCAGAAAAUUUCAUGUUCAGUGAAAUAAUUUAUUUUCACUUGUUACAGGUAAAGAAAUACUCAUGUCCACUUGUUGUAUGCUUUCCACCCACCUUCGACCCAGAACAUUGUAAUAUAAAACACUCAUCACUUACAUGA